GUUCGUUAAUGAGAUAGUGCGCUACAUUUUAGUCAGCAGUAUAUUGUUCGGGGAGGUUUUCGAUAUUCUCAGUAAACAUAGUAAAUUAUUGGUUGUUUCUGUUCGACAUGGGGAUUGUAAUUAAAAGGAAUUAAUAUAUUCACAUAAUUAUUCGAGAACUAAGUUUCAUGCUCCUUGGCUACAUAUCCUCACUGUAAAUUAUGUCGCAUGAAUACUUUGUUGUUUUGGUGAGACUUUUGGAAGACGAGAAAUUAGAGGAGUUCCGCGUACCUGAGGAUGCAUCUGGAAAGUGGCUUUUUGAAGAAAUUUGUCGUCACCAGGGGGUUAUGCAAGAGCGUGAAUAUUUUGGUCUACGUUACCUAGAACAUGAAAUGCUUUCACCACCAACAAAGCACUGGAUCAAUCUCACAAGAAAUUUACUAUCACAACUUAAGCAUACACAUCCUCGUCAAGUUAGCUUUCGCAUUAAACACUAUCCAGCAGAUCCGAUUGUUGACCUGAGGUUACCAAAAUCUCACUACCUCCUUUAUCAUCAGUUGCGUCGUGAUUUGAUAAGUGGGAGAUUAGUUGCUUCAACCGAUGUUCUUAUUCGCCUUGCAGCUCUUGUGGUUCAAGUGGAACUUGGAGAUAGUUCAGUGCAGGAUCCACCUGUGGUGUCUAUGAAAAAUGAAGGUGAACGUAACUAUUUGCAUGAAUUUCGUGUAUUACACAAUCAAACUGAACGUCUUGAAUUGUGUAUUAUAAAGGAGCAUGAGAAAUUAGAGAAUCUUUUGCCUUCUGAAGCGGCUAGCGAGUUAAUACACCUUGCCAGCAGUUUGGAAACAUAUGGCAUUGAUCCGAUUCGUGUUAAGACUAAAGCAUAUGGUUCACGACAUAUUCAUUUGGGCCUUACACAUCAAGGUGUUGCUGAAUUCAUUAGUAAUCGACGUCAGAAAUUGUAUCCAUGGUCGGCUAUUUCUUGGAUGACAUGCAAUGGCAGGGAUUUCGUCCUGGCAACUUCACAUCAACAUUCUGGACGUAAGAAAAAGACUACAACAACUAUUCAUUAUAAAUGUGAUAAUAAGUCUGUUGCACAAGCUUUAUGGGAAUGGGCAUCUGAUCGACAAUUGUUUUUCACUCUAGAUAAAUCUUCAUCUGUUAAGCCUAUUAAAUCGAAACGGGCACUAUUUCAACGUACAAGAACUUUUACAUUCUCCGGUCGAUGUCGUCGUGAAGUUAUUGGCAGACCUCUGUUAACUACUAGUCUACCCACAGAUAUAAGUACAAUGUCUGUUGCUGAUGAAAAUCUUUCCUUAAAUCAUCCAACUACAAAUAAUCCAUACAGUUUAAGUAUGGUUGCCUUAUCAAAUGAUACAGGUCGUAGUAUGAAUGCCAUCAAUGAAAAUGGACAAGAGGAUGGUGAAUCAACACAAACUGCACCAGCUACAUCUUUGAGUUUGUUAGCACCUCUUGGUCAUUCUCAAGUUCCAGCAUUUUCAGAACCAUCAGUCACACGUAAUGUAGCUUCAAGUUCAGCUACUGGAAGUAUAGAAAAUCAAGAUGUUUCACAAAAUCAAUCAAAUCUUUCAGGCAAUGUUGUUGUUGUUAAUGCAAAUCAGUUAGCUCCUCUUUUCACUAAUAUACCAAAACGUCGUUUCAGUACCGAAGCUAGAAGAAGACAACGAAGGUUAUUGAAAAAACAAGCCAAAUAUGGACUGUGUCAACAUGAACAUUCUGAUAUUUUUGAUACUGAUGAUGAAUGCGAUGGUGAUGAUACAUCAUCGGAAGCUGCAGUUGAAGCUUUACAUUCUGCUGCUCAAGCUGGAGAAGCUUGGUUAGCCAAUGAAACAGCUAGUCGAACACAAAAAUCACCGGCUAAAUCAUGGUUCAGUUAUCUACGUCCAUCAAGUGGUGAGAAGAAAACUCGACAAAGUCGCUCCGUUCAAAAUAAAGACACACGUCAUGCUAAUCAUUCUCCACGUCUCAAUCCAAUAAUUGACAGUCCUAAUACAGACAUAGUUUCUCAAAGGGAUGCUGGCGAGGCUGUCUCUGUAUGGCGUUUUGCUGCUGUGUCAGCAGGUUUCAUAACAUUUGCAUCACUUUUCGGUUUAGCUCUUAUACUUGAGGCUGAAGUCCACUCACCCAUCAUGGCAAGUAUACGUGGCCAUCCAUGGUUGUUGGAUUUUGAUUCACGGGUUUACAGACCUAUGCGAACUGCUCUUCUUGGUUUCUGGCGUCGUUAAUUAAAAAAAAAAAUGAAUCGCCUUCAUUUAAUGAUUAGUAGUUCUAUGUGUAUAGUUUUUAAUUUAUCAAUGUUUAAUAUAUGUAAACUGUAAAAGAUACACACAAUUACAAUGUUUGUUGUUGCAUAAUUCAUAUCUAAUAAUAUACAAGUAGAUUUUGUGUUUUUGUGUUUGUUUUUUCGGCAUAUCGUCUUCUACUCUCUUUUGCUUUCUUAAUAAGGUUAUAAUACUACACACAGGCGCACACACUUACACACACACACACCUUUGCUGUCAUUUCUCUUUGUCUGUUGCAUCUUUCUAUUCUGUGUUGUUAUUUAUUAUUGUCAUUAUUAUUAUUAUUACUACUUAUUAUUAGUACUAUUUUACCCAUUGUACUAAAAUCCAUAGGUCAAACAUUGUUUCAUGCAUAAUAUUUACGUAAAAUACACACUUGAACUUUCUUUCUCGCUCUCUCCCUCUCUUUGUGUGCGUGUAUGGUCACUUCGUUUUAUUUUGCUUUCGAGAUUUUCGGUUUAUUUGUUCCUCUGAGG